AUGUCUGAUCCAGAUGUGGUGGGUGGUACCGGCAAACGUCGUAUAAAGCGCAAGUUUGACGAAGAUAUAGAACAGGACAUUCGAGCACCGACGGCGGAGGUCAGGAACACGGGAUCCGAGCACGGUGCGGGUGCAACAGAGGAAAUAUAUGGCACUACAGACAGUGCACAGAUGCAGGAGCUGCGCCGCCUGGCGCGGCAGCGCUAUCUGGACCGGCGGGAGAGGGAAAAGCUAGACUGGGCAAUACGGGACCUUGCAUUGUUAGAAGAAGACGUAAAGAAGUACGGAUGGGACAAGCUGACGGAACGGGAGCGAAGAGAGAUUGGGACCAAGCGGCAGCUCGUGCAAAUUGUGCGCGAGCGCGAUGCGGCGGCGGCGGCGGCGGAGCGUCGAUUCCAUAUGCCCGGCGAGACCGUUGUGGAGGCUACUGCGCGGCAGGAGAAGAGCUGGGAGGAGCAGCAGGUGCAAAAGGCGGUGCGCGCGGAGGGGCGCUCGGACAUAAUUGAGGUGGAGGGCUCUGAACAGUACGAGUUUGUUCUGGACUCGCGGUCCGUUGUGCGCUUUACAGAGGAAGAGACGCUGGCUCCCGGCGAGCGUGUCGAGAAGCAGCUCGAACAGAAGCUCGAGAAGGAAAUUAAGCGCGUGGCGUCGAUUCAAGAAACUAGGAGGCAGCUUCCUGUGUAUGCGUACCGCGACGAGCUUCUGAAGGCGGUGCGCGACCACCAAGUACUGAUAGUUGUCGGUGAGACAGGCUCGGGGAAGACCACACAGCUGCCACAGUAUCUCGUCGAGGAUGGGUACACGCAGGAUGGCAAGUUGCUGAUUGCGUGCACGCAGCCGCGGCGUGUCGCCGCGACAUCCGUGGCUAGCCGCGUGGCGGAUGAGAUGGGGGUGCUGCUUGGACGCGAGGUCGGCUACCAGAUCCGGUUUGAUGACAGGACGACCGCCGACGUGACAUUGCUGAAGUACAUGACAGAUGGUAUGCUGCUCCGCGAGUUUCUCGCGGACCCAGAGCUGAGCCGCUACAGCUGCAUCAUGAUCGAUGAGGCCCACGAGCGCACUCUGGCGACGGAUAUCCUGCUGGGCUUACUCAAGGAUGUCCUGCUACAGCGAAAAGACCUCAAGCUGCUGAUCUCCUCUGCUACGAUGAAUGCCUCGCGCUUUUCGGAGUUCUUCUACAAUGCCCCCAUUUUUAACGUUCCCGGUAGGCGUUAUCCCGUGGAUAUACACUACACUCUACAACCAGAGGCCAAUUACGUGCACGCAGCGAUUUCCACCAUAUUCCAAGUGCAUACCUCGCAGCCUCUGCCGGGUGAUAUCCUCGUGUUUCUGACCGGACAAGACGAGAUAGAGACCGUGCGCGAGAAGGUCGAAGAGAUAGCCUUCAAGCUCGGAAAGAAUAUCAAGCCAAUGAUCAUCAACCCCAUAUACGCCAAUCUGCCGCAGGAGCAGCAGAGCCGCAUCUUUGAGCCGACCCCGAAGAAUGCCCGCAAGGUCGUUCUUGCUACAAACAUUGCCGAAACAUCGCUGACUAUUGAGGGCAUCAAGUAUGUGAUCGACCCGGGCUUCGUCAAGGAAAACUCCUACAUGCCGCAGACGGGCAUGACGCAGCUGCUCACCGUGCCCUGCAGCAAAGCCUCGGUCGACCAACGUGCCGGGCGAGCGGGCAGAGUCGGGCCUGGCAAGUGCUACCGCCUGUUCACAAAGUGGUCGUACCACAACGAGCUGGAGAGCCUGCCGAAGCCCGAGAUCCUGCGCACAAGCCUGUCACAAGUAGUGCUGCUGCUGCUGUCGCUCGGUGUCACGGACCUCCUCAAGUUUCCCAUGCUCGACAAACCAAGCAUUGCCAACCUCAGCCGCUCCCUGGAGCAGCUCUACGUCCUCGGCGCGCUCAACAGCAAGGGUACCAUCACCAAGCUCGGCAGAAUGAUGUGCGAGUUCCCUUGUGCGCCCGAGUUCGGCAAAGUCUUGCACAGCAGCGCGGCCGACGACCGCUGUGCCGGUGUCCUCGAGGAUGUCGUGACCAUCGUCGCCAUGCUGCAUGAAACUGCCAGCAUUUUCGCCCCAGGCAAAGAGCGCAAGAAGGUUCUGGGUCCGCAGUCCAGCGACCACAUGCUCUACCUAGAGAUUUACAACGCCUGGGCUGCAGAAGACUUCCGCAAGGGCUGGUGCCAUGACCACCACGUGCAGUUCCGUACGCUCUCCCGCGUCCGUAGCAUCCGCGAACAGCUGUGGCGCUGCUGCGACAAGCUGGGUCUCGUCGCCUUAAAUGCCCUUUUCCGCAAAGACCACCCUCAUCUCGCUGCCCAGCGCGACCAGCGCGUCGCCAAGGCCUUCCUCUCCGGCUUCCCCUUCAACGUCGCCCAGCUUACGCCCAAUGGCUAUCGUACGAUGGGCAAGCACGGCGGGAUGACCAUACACAUACAUCCAACCAGUCUACUCUACACGCACAAUCGCGAGUCGGGCAAGCCCCCGAAGCACCUGCUCUACCAGCAAUUGAUGCUCACUAGCAAGGAGUUUAUGCGCGACUGUCUGCCUAUACCAAGAGAAACCUGGCUCAAGGAGAUGGUGCCGCAGCUGUUUGGCGCUCUUCCAUGA